AUCAUCUGGAGUUCGGCUUGUUUGUUUUGAUAUUGGCUCACCAUCGGUGGGAGUUUUAAAUUCGCAUAAUUCUUGCUUCCGUUGCCGCGAAACAUAUGUUUGUGUGUGCCGUUGUGGAAGUAGAAAUCGCAAAAAGUUGCGCUAGUACAAGAUCCUAAAUUAGAGAACCCCUCGAGAUUGCCGUGUUCGUAUGUGUGCGCACUCGUGAUGAUGUUAUUUGUCCCCUACCCAUCACCCCAAACCUGUUACCGCGGUCCGGGGGUUGGUUCUAAUGUGCGUUAAGCGGUAAAACAAGUUUUCCGGCCACCGCCGUUGCGCCGUUGUACUGGUGUUGGUGGCUCAAGUAUGCUGUGGCUGUGGAGAAACCAUCAAGCGCCCGCCGCCACCCAUCGAACGCACACCGCUCUCAGCGCGUUUAUUAACGGGGUGGGCCGGGCGCGUUUCGCGCCUCACGAAACACACGGCAUGCUUGGCAUAUGUGCGUUCUUACAACGACGACGACGCAACGACGACAUACUCAAUUCACACAUCAUACAGCGCGAUUGCUUGGAUUGCGUGGUCGGUCGUCGGAAUCCAACUCAGCAGCCAUUGAACGGCGGACGCGGCGAAAAAACGGCCCACGAGUGUGUUUUCGUUGCGUUGCGGUGUACGACGGUGUGAGCUGAAUGAGUCCUCCGGUGUAGCGGCGAUUCCUUCGUCAACUGUGUAACAACGCGCCUGCCAUGGAUUUCGUGCUCGGUGGUGCGUCGUCGAUGUGCGCCGUAGUCUUCACGAAUCCGCUCGAUGUGCUCAAGACACGCCAGCAGCUCGAAGGUGAGCUGAUGGCCCGCAAGAAUCUCACCGAGCGCUCCUACAACGGACUCCGGCAAUCGUUUCUCACCGUCAUCCGCACCGAUGGAUGGCGCGGUCUGCAGAAGGGUCUAUCGGCCGCCCUUAUGUACCAGUUUACGAUGAACAGUGUACGGCUGGGGACGUACCAGACGGCGGAGAAUCUCGGUUGGACACGCAGCACCAACAAUCCGGCCCUAACGCCACUGCUGACGCUGUUCUGGGGCGGAGUGUCCGGGCUGGCAUGCGCGACAGCCUCCUGUCCGGUGUAUGUAGUGAAGACACAGUUGCAGGCCGUCACUUCCGGGACGUACACGGCACGGUAUCAGCACCAUCAUCGUGGUACCGUGGCGGCCUUCGUCAACAUUUACCGCCAGAGUGGCAUCCGGGGAAUGUUCCGCGGGAAUACGGCCACACUGGCCCGUCUUGGCAUCGGUUCGUCCGCUCAGAUGUGUUCGUUCAGUGCGUGCAAGGAUUGGUUGCAUCGCUACGAAACGUUCCAGCAGUCCCGGGUCCUGACGGCCCUGGCCAGCAGCACCGUGGCCGGUUUCUUCACCAGUGUCCUGAUGUCACCGUGCGAUGUGGCCACAACACGUAUGACCAACCAAGCCGUCUCCGCUAAUGGCCGCGGUCUGCUGUAUCGGAACAUUUUCGAUUGUUUCGUGAAGAUCUAUCGCUCGGAGGGUGUCCAUGGGUUCUACAAGGGCUUUGUGCCGAUGUAUCUGCGCGUCGCUCCACACACCAUGCUCAAUCUGACUUUCUGGGAGUUUUUCAAGGGAUUGCACGAACAUUAUCUGGCCAACCAACAGCAGCAACAGCAGCAGCAUCAGCGACACUGACGCCGUUUCGGGGGAAAACUCUUAAACCUGGCCCUGAAACACAUGACUGUGAUGGCGAGCGAUAUCUUAUCAAUGGUCACAGAGCCCCUUCCGGUGGCACACACAAACGGACACACGUACACAGCAUGCACAGGAUGCAGAACACGCCAUUCUGGGACAACAGCUUGCACCAGCAAACAUUGUAAAACAGUACGCUUCCACUAUCGCUGGUCGUGGCCUUUGAAUGUAUUAUAGAGCCAGUCAAAAGCAAGAUGUAUUCCAGAGAAGCAGCCAAACCUAGAAGUAUUGUCGAUCAAAUCGAAAUCGCCGCCACCAGUGCCGAAGAAACCUCAGAAGCGCUCCUCAAAGGAUAAAAAAUUAGACUUAUAAAAACGAACAGAACGUCAGCAUCGAAAACUGCAUCAUUUGAAACCCCGAUCUUUCGUCUUAUUGAUG